AAAGCGUAUUUAAUUUAUUGGGUUAAAUAAUAAAAUAAUUUGUAUUAGACCAUAAAAUGACAAUGUAAUUCCAUGCAUUUAUGCAUGUUUAGAGCAUAAAACUAACUUUCUAGGCACACUGAUGUGUAGAUAAAAGCACAUCCUCUCAUGAAUGGGUGUUGUUACUAGUCACUGAGCAUCUCUGAUGGCUUCGGGGAGGAGGGGUGAAGCCGUCCUCGCAUCAAUGAGGCUGUUGAUCAGAAAGGACCACUGGACUGGUAAUGACACAGUUCACUGAUCAGUCCCAGAGGAAAUAAAACUCAGCUUUCACCACCCACCCCACUUAAGCUGGACGUUCCUGCAGAUCUGCCUUCAUUCUACCUCAACACACGCAGACGGCUGCCUGAGCCACCAUGCAGCGGAGCGCGGCUCUCCUCAUGCUCCUGCUUCUCUGCGCUGAUUCGCAGGACUAUUGCUAUGAUGAGCCACAUUGUGAUCCGUAUUCAUGGGGCGACUCCUUCCCUUCAUGUCACCCUUUACUCGAGCGCCACCACUCUCCCAUCAACCUGGACCACCAGUUGGUCCGAAACGACUCCUUGGGGCCGUUGCACCUUGAGGGUUUUGACGCGGUCCAACCAGGCCACUGGACGCUUGAGAACGACGGACACUCUGUUUUGCUGCAGGUUGGCAGCGGCAUGGCUGUGAGCGGCGGAGGUCUUCCAGAUGUUUACCACACCAUCCAGCUGCACUUCCACUGGGGAGGCCUGGCGACGAACGGCUCUGAGCACACGGUGGACGGGCGCAGAUAUCCGAUGGAGAUGCACAUAGUCAACAUGAAGUCCAUCCACCCCAAUGAGUCUGCAGCUUUGGACGACCCAACAGGAUUUGCUGUUCUUGGCUUCUUCAUUGAUGUCGUUUAUGCGGACAAUGUUCAUUUUGGACACAUUUCUCAAAAACUGUCUUCUGUGGCCUACAGAGGCCAGACGACUAAAGUAAAGCCAUUCCCACUGCUGAGUCUCCUGCCGAAGCACAACAUGAGUCAGUAUUACCGUUAUUCUGGCAGCCUCACCACCCCUCCCUGCUCCCACGCCGUAGUUUGGACUCUCUAUGAGGUCCCCAUCCUCAUCUCCUGGUCCCAGCUGGCUCAGUUUACCUCGCAGAUCUUCUCGACGGAGGAAGACGCAGAGCAGGUGACGCCUCUGCAGAACAACUUCAGGCAUGUCCAUCCCACCUUCAGCCGCACCGUGUCGGCCUCCAGAGACGCCGGGCUCCUCAGGGCGGCGGCCGGUCGACCGAUCCGGUCAAAUCUGCUGCACAUCAUUGUCCUGGGCAGUUUCAUCUUUAAACUUUAACUCUCCUGUUAUCCCACAAUGAUGUUUGAGAUUUCUAUAAAAACGUCACUAGAAAGU